AUCGGUUAAUAUGGUAGAGGAAGGAAAUGAUUUACUUCAUGAUAUGAAACUUUUCUUGUUUUCAAAGAAAAGUUUAAUGGCAGUUCAAAAAAAUCCUUUUGGAAGUCAGUUUAUGAGUUCAAACUGAAUUUCUUCAGAUAUUUCAUCAAAGUAUGCAAGGGAAGGGACACCUAGCUAUUCCAUCAAUGCUCUUAAACACAUGUCCUUGAGUUUGCAGAUGGAAAAAGUUUGUUUCUCUUUGAUGUGAAUAGCUGCUGCAUCUCUCUCCAAAAUCCCUGUUUCUGAUCACCAAGAAACUUUGUUUUGAAUAUUUUUCAUAUUCAAAUAGGAAUUUUAUUCAUGACCUCAAGAGUAGUAUUCUGGCCAUUCUUUGGCAUAUAUACUUUUCUGCUUUUGUCUUUUCCUGGCUUGCAGGUUCCUUGCUUUUCUGCUGAAGCCACCGCUAGGAUUGCCAAGAAUGAGACAGAUCAACUGGCUCUGGUUGAAUUCAAGACCCAUAUAACCAAUGACCCUCUUGGUGUUUUGAGAUCGUGGAAUAACUCAAUACAUUUCUGCCAAUGGCAUGGCGUUCUUUGCGGUCGCCGGCAUCAAAGGGUCAUAGCAUUGGAUUUAGGGUCCUAUAAACUAGCCGGGUACAUAUCACCUCAUGUCGGAAAUUUAAGCUUCUUGAGACUAUUAGAUCUAAGAAACAAUAGUCUUAGCCAAGAAAUACCACCUGAAUUAGGCAAUUUAUCAAGGCUAAAAUACUUGUAUCUAAAUAACAAUUCGCUCAGUGGCGAAAUUCCUUCCAAUGUUUCCUUUUGCUUCAACCUCAUUCACUUUCUUGUUAAUUGGAACCGGCUGGUAGGGAAAAUUCCUGCUGAGUUUGCUACCUUGUCAAAGCUUGAGAUGUUUUUCAUUCAUGCCAACAAUCUCACAGGAGGAAUCCCUAUCACAUUUGGUAACUUGACAUCUCUUCAGAGAUUUUCUGCCACUCAAAAUUAUAUCGGCGGUAGUAUCCCUGCUACUAUUGGAAAACUGGCAAGUCUCACACAUAUCGCUCUGAGUGGUAAUAGGUUGUCAGGUUCAAUCCCUCCUUCAUUCUUCAAUCUCUCUUCUAUCAUAGCUUUUGAUAUUGCAUACAAUCAACUUGAAGGAACUCUUCCUUCAAACUUAGGCAUCACUCUUCCCAAUCUGCAAACUCUUGGCCUUAGUGCUAACCAAUUUACUGGCUCUAUUCCUUUUACAAUAUCUAAUGCAACAAAUCUGGAAUACCUUGCAAGCAACGACAACAGACAUACUGGAUCAGUACCUACUUUAGAAAGGUUGAAUAGGCUAGGGUUCUUAAGCUUAACCUCCAACCAUCUUGGAAGUGGAAGAACUAGUGAUUUGGACUUUUUGCGGUCUUUGCUCAAUGCCACUUACUUAGAGAUCUUGGCUCUAAAUGAUAACAACUUUGGUGGGAUAUUUCCUGAAUUUAUUGGGAACUUCACUUGGCUUACAAUUUUGUUUCUAGAUGGCAAUAGAAUAUCUGGAAGCAUCCCAAAUGGGAUACAGAAUCUGUUAGCUCUGGAAAUAAUGGAGCUGUGGGAGAACCAAAUAUCAGGUGGUAUCCCCCCUGAGAUUGGACAUCUUCAACAGCUAGAUAGGCUAAGGCUGUCGGGAAACAGAUUAUCAGGUAACAUUCCGUCCUCUCUAGGAAAUCUGACUAGUUUAACUUCUCUUUAUUUAGGACAAAAUAAUCUCCAAGGUAGUAUCCCCUCAAGUUUAGGCUUAUGCGAGAAUUUGCUUGAAUUGGAUCUUUCUCAAAACAAUCUGAGUGGCACCAUACCCAAAGAACUUGUCAGCCUCUCAGCGUUAUCCAUUUUUAUGAAUUUGUCUCACAACUUCUUGAAUGGUUACCUUCCACAAGAAGUUGGAAAUUUGAAAAACUUAGGUGCUUUGGAUGUCUCUGAUAACAUGUUAUCUGGUAAAAUUCCUACAAGUCUUGGCAGCUGCGUUACAUUGGAAAUCCUACGCAUGCAAAGAAACUUCUUAUCAGGGGAAUUGCCUUCAUCUUUGAGGUCUUUGAAAGGCAUUCGGAUGUUAGAUCUUUCUCGCAACAAUUUAACAGGCCAGCUCCCAAAAUUUCUCGAGCAGUUCGACUUGCAGUACUUGAAUCUGUCUUUCAAUGAUUUCGAUGGUGAGAUGCUCCUACAAGGUGUCUUCAAGAAUGCAAGCGUGGUUUCGGUAGAAGGGAACAGUAGGCUCUGUGGGGGUGUUCCAGAACUACAGUUACCGCCUUGCAAGUUUCAGAAUUCCACUAAAGGGAGGCUGGCCCUUAAGUUCAAGAUAAUAAUCUCUGUUGUGUUUGGGGUCCUAGGAGUAACUACUCUGUUGUCUACACUAUACUUCUGUUGGUUAAGGAAGAAAGGAAAGGGACCUGACUUGAGCAAUUCAGAAAACUCGACUUUGCGACUUUCUUAUCAAAGUCUCGUUGCCGCUACUGAUGGGUUUUCUUCAGCUCAUUUGAUUGGAGAAGGCAGCUUUGGGUCUGUGUAUAAAGGAGUGAUCGACGAGUUGGGAACUACAGUUGCCAUCAAAGUACUCAACCUUCUUCGACGAGGAGCUCCCAAGAGUUUUGCAGCCGAGUGUGAGGCCUUAAGAAACAUAAGGCAUCGCAACCUUGUCAAGAUACUGACAGCAUGUUCUGGUGUUGAUUACAAAGGUAAUGACUUCAAGGCUUUGAUUUAUGAGUUUAUGGUCAAUGGCAGCCUAGAGAAGUGGCUACAUCCAACUCCCAUAACAGAUGAGGUGAAUGAGGCACCAAGGAGCUUAAAUCUUCUUCAGAGACUAAACAUUGCGAUUGAUGUUGCUUCUGCACUGGAAUAUCUUCACAAAGACUGUCAACCACCUGUAGUUCAUUGUGAUCUCAAACCAAGCAAUAUUCUUCUAGAUGAGGAUAUGACUGCACAUGUUGGUGACUUUGGAAUAGCCAGAAUCCUUCCAGAAGCAGCCAUGGACUUGUCCAAUAAUGUGACCAGUUCUAUUGGAGUAAGAGGAACUACGGGAUAUACAGCUCCAGAAUAUGGUAUGGGAAAUGAGGUGUCAACAUAUGGUGAUGUUUACAGCUACGGAGUCCUUCUUUUGGAGAUGUUCACUGGAAAGAGACCUACAAAUGACAUGUUCAAAGACAGUUUGAGCCUUAGUAGGUUUGUUAAGGCAGCUCUGCCUAUGCAAGUCUUAGAAAUUGCAGAUCCAAUACUUGUUCAAGAAGUGGAAGGAAAGACUAGUGUAAACACUCCUCACGGUCACAGAAGAGAAAGUGGUCGCAGAAUUCAGGAGUGCUUGGCUUCAAUAUUUACAAUCGGAGUUGCUUGUUCUGAGGAAAUUCCAAGAGAAAGAAAGGGCAUCAGUAAUGUUGUUACUGAACUGCAUUCAAUCAGAAACAAACUCUGAUGAAGCUGAAAGGGGGUGGCAGAGAAACCAUGAGAAGUAAUAUUUUUCAGUUACAGGUGACUGACAUGCUAUCUUGUUUUACAGUACAAAAGGUUCCUAAUUAGAUUUACUUCUUUUACCAAUAUUUACUCCAUUUAUAUGAAUUUUGUUUUUUACUCUCAUUUCAGGUUGCAAGAAGUAGAUAUUCCUUCCGCGGAUUCAAGCAGCAGCAGCAGCAAUAAUAAUAAUAAUAUCGAGCGUUAUUCUGUUUUUAAUUCCAACUACUAGCACUUUCUUUUCCUUGCUGAAAUGUACUUGACUCUUAUUGUUUUUCAUGUUUUGUGUAUCUUGGUGUGUGCAAAUUACUUAUCAAAC